CUCCUCCAGAUACUCAUCCAUAUGAGGCAUUCGAUUUCUACCACUCUCGCCAUCACCGAGCUCUUCUCCGCCUCUGUAUGGGCGGCGACCUGCUAUCACAGUAAUGGAACCAGCCAUACGACGGAUGAAUCCAAGAUAUGUGCCUUCAAUGACUUACAAGGCCAGUGCUGUGGCCUGUCGGACAUUUGCCUGAAGAAUGGCCUUUGCAAGACUACUGGCUCCGUUACCUCCUACUGGCGGGAUACAUGUUCUAAUUCGAACUGGACCCUGGCGCAUUGUCUGCAGGAGUGCACAGGCCAUGGGGGGAAUUCUCUGAUGACACCAUGCGACGAAAAGAAUAAAGACUACUCUCGAACGUGGUGCUGUGGCACCUCCAAGGCCUGCUGCGAUACCGACUCUGCGAUUACUGUUGAUGUGAAUCUUUUCCUCGAGUCCACCUCAACAACUACCAGUAGCACUUCAGCGACUUCAACUUUGGCUCUAGCAUCUACGUCUACAUCUACAUCAACCUCUCCCUCAACGUCCUUACCAGAUACUUCAUCGACCUCCUCAGACACCCAAUCAUCCGCAAGUCUUUCGCAAGGUGCGAAGGUGGGCAUCGGCGUUGGAGUUGCCGUGGCGGGAGUGUUGAUAAUCAUUGCCCUGCUAUGGUUGUUCCUCAUGCGCCGAUCUCGAAAAACCAAGAACCUGGGGUCUGGCGCCCGCGCGGCAUCAGCCAGUUCUUGGGCGAUAAGACAACCAAUACCACCCCAGGAACUUGGGGCGAAUGAUGCCCAUGAGGUUUCGGCUAGUGACAGAGAUACGGUGCAUGAAUUACCUGGUGAGAUGGAAGUGCGGCGUUAGGGAGUGGUGGCCA